AUGGCCGAUAAAUCAGCUUUCGUACCUUUCGACAUGAACAACGUUCAUCGAGACAAUGAUGCAAACGAUGAUAACAUGGACAUUGAACUGUUUGGAACGAAGCAAGCAGAAGCUUCAGCUCCAGCUGUAACUGAUGAACGUCCUACAGCAACUCAAACUGUGCCAUCAUUAACUCCUUCACCAACCCCAGCCGUUUCAAAACCUUCUCCCAAGAAGAUUGAAUACAAGAAAUCGACAACAUAUAAGAAGACAGUAGCCAAGUAA